UAUUCUACUGAAACAAGCAACGCUACCCUGUUACACUUAUCCCUGCAAUGCUUUUUUAUACUUGAAACCCUUUUUCUUUUCACAGUUCUUCACUUCUUCUUUAAGGAAUGUCUGUAGCUAUGGCUUCUUGUGGGAAAUUUUCUGGGCUUUGCGGUGGUCUGAAAGUAACUGAAAAGCAAGCCUUAUCUGGUCAUGGUAUUUCCAGACGUUUUUUUGCUGUGGAUCCAUUUCACAGUGUCUGCAUUCCGCCCAGGAGGUCGGGAUUGUUUGCAAGUACAAUCAUUCCUAAAACACCUUCAGCUGUUGUCGAGGAUAAGAGUUUCUCAGCGAUUGCAGACAUCCCGACACCCAAAGUGAUGAUAGAUCUUGAUUCUGAUCCGGAUUCAACUCUAGUGGAGAUUACCUUUGGUGACCGCCUCGGGACACUGCUUGAUACAAUGAGUGCGUUGCAAAAUCUUGGACUGAGCGUUGUUAAAGCAAACACUUAUCUAGAUUCAUCAGGAAGGCAUAACAAGUUUGCUAUUACUGAACUUUAUACAGGUAAGAAAAUUGAGGAUCCAGAGUUGCUUGAGGCUAUACGUUUGACUAUUAUUAACAAUAUGCUUCAGUACCACCCAGAGUCAAGCUCGCAGUUAGCAAUGGGGGAGGCGUUUGGUGUUUUUCAACCAUAUACGAAGGUUGAUGUGGAUAUAGCGACCCAUGUUCAUGUGUACGAUGACGGCCCUGAACGGAGCUUACUUCGAGUAGAGACAGUAGAUAGACCUGGACUAUUAGUUGAUCUUGUAAAGACCAUUGCUGACAUAAACAUUGAUGUUGAGUCUGGAGAAUUUGAAACUGAGGGAUUGCUGGCUAAAGCAAAAUUUCAUGCCAGCUACAGGGGUAAAGCUCUCUUCAAGCCCCUUCAACAGGUUCUUGAAAACAGCCUGCGCUAUUUCCUCAGAAGACCAACAACAGAAGAUGCAAGCUUCUGAGUUCAGUAAAAAGGAAUUAGCUUCUGCCUUCUGAUGUUUAACUUAGUGUCAACUGAUCAUGUGACUACUGAUUAUGGACUCAAUUUUAGUUUUCACUUCACAGUGUUAAUAUUUGUACGUAAAAUAUUUAUGUUGUGGUCUGUGGAGUUGUGGACUUUGUGGCCUUGUGGGUAACUAACAACUAUACUUGCAAAGCAUUUUUCCAUUGCACUUUGUCGCUUAAGAUAAUGAGCCAAUGAGGUCCAAUUAGUCUUUUUUUCUACAUCGAUCGC